UGUGCACUUGACCUAUGUGUCAAACUCACUAACAACUUCAAGAUUUAAAUGGUAAAUUUUGAAAUGAAGAAAGAAAUGCAAACCUAAAAGAAAAAGGAUAAAAAAAAGAGAAAUCCUCAAUGGGCCGAAUCCCUAGCCAGCCCAUUCCCCCUGCAUCGCCUGGGCGCGGCCCGCGCGCUCGCCCUCGCUGUCCCUGUCAAGCCAGGCCCGUUGGCCAGCCGCUCUGCGCCCACACUCCCUUCAUCCUGCCAUUACGCCUUACCUCGCUGACAACGUCAGCUUCUUCAACGGACUCCGCAGCUCGCAGAUCACGCAAUCCCCGGUAACAAACUCCGGCCACGCGCGCCCGUGCCGGGUCUUUCGCUGACCAGCGGGGCCCAGUCGUCAUCCUUCUUCCCCCACUCGCUCGACGCAGACCCAAUCCCAACAGAAAUCGCCGCAUGGCUCGCCGCUCACUUCGGAUCGGCCGAACGACCUCCUGGAUAUCGGGCUGCCCCACCCGAUGGUGUAUAAGGGACCCCGGCACUCGAUUCAUAUCUCUCGCCUCGCUGUUACUCGCCCUCCUCGCCACAAUAUCGAUAAUUUUGCGCCGUCGCGGGGAAAACAGGGGCUGCCGCGGGGGAACUUCGGCUAGCCGUCAUCCGCGCCUCCAGUGUGGGCCUCAGAGCCUUCCCUCGGUUGCGGGGCGGGCGCUGGUGGCCUCGCCACCUGGAAUUGUCGCCGGGGACUUCACCAAUUGGUCGCCGGACCUCUCCUAUCACGAUCGAGCCGCCGCGCAGCGAGGGCGGACUUCCUCGGAGCUUAAUCUGCGAACCUUUUUGAACGAUCUAGGCUUCCUGGAAUUUGGAACGUGGAUUUGGUAAGUAUUAUCCUCCAUCCAGAUUUUCGUUUUUGCGUCAAUACUAUUCCUGUUCACGUUCCAAGAGUGAAUUUUGUAGAUCUGCUCCUCCAAUGGCAACCUUUAGCAAGGCUAGCAGGCUGUGUGGUGCAGUGACUAUGCAACCAAAACAGGUGUGGAGUCUACUCUCGAGAAUCCUGUCUAAGCUGCUCGGUCUUCCUGGUAUUUUGUUGAAGAAAUUCCGAAAGGAAGGUGUGUCGGAAUUGGAUGCUGUUGCAUUGCCAGAGCUAUCACAGGAUGUGUUGAUGGACAUCUUUAGUACACUUGAGGUCCCUGACCUCAUCCGAGCAGGCUCGGUUUGCUCGUCAUGGCAUGCUACUUACAAAUGCCUGCUCGACCUGAGGCAAUACAAGCAACCCCAGACACCAUGCCUGUUCUACACUUGUGAAUCUGCCGGUAGCAACAUAGGGUUUCUAUACAACCUCAAGGAAAAUAGGUCCUACAAGUUAACUCUACCGGAGCCACCCAUCCGCAGUAGGUUACUGAUCGGGUCCUCGAACGGUUGGUUGAUUACUGCAGAUGAGAGGUCUGAACUGCACCUUGUGAAUCCCAUAACUGGAGAACAGGUUGCACUUCCCUCUGUGAUUACCAUAGAGCAUGUGAAGCCCAUCUUUGAUGCAUCAGGUACUAUCCAUAUGUACGAGUUGUCAUAUGAAACACCACCCGACCUGUUUGAUCUUGGCGAUCUGCGCGAUGAACUCUACUUCAAGGCAUUUGUGUUUCCUGAUCCAUCCACCACUGGAAGCUACAUCGUGGUUCUUAUUCAUGAGCCACGUUCACGGCUUUCGUUUGCACGACCGGGAGAUGACAAGUGGACCUCGGUUGGACAAGGUAUCGGAUAUAAAGACUGCACAUAUGUGGAUGGUCUUUUGUAUACAGUGGAUUGGACUGGAGAAAUUGAUGCUUUUGAUUUUACCGCAUCCCCUGUUAAAAUGACAGUAAUUAUGGACAGUCUGAAGUAUCCUCCAUGUGAAAACCUGUACAUUAUUCAGGCUCCAUGGGGUGAUCUGCUGCAUGUUUGGAGGACUAUUGACGUUCCACCCAAUGCUCCAUCGUGGGACCCUGAAAAGUGCCUGGCAGAAACCGUAAAAAUACAAGUGCAUAAAGUGGACUUGGAAGCAAAGAAAUGGGUGAAAAUAAACAGGUUGCAGUGUGAUGGUGUUUUAUUUCUUGGCCACAACGAUUCACUUUACCGUAGUGCUCAAGUACAUCCAGGACUCAAGUCAAAUCAUGCAUACUUCACUGACGAUUGUAAAGAAUUGACUGUUGCAUUCAAAAAUUCCACACGUGAUAUGGGAGUUAUGGACUUGGAAAAUAAUGCCAAGAAGGAAAUUGUCUCUCAAAUUUGGUCCAACUGGCCCUGUCCCACUUGGAUAACACCUAAUCUUAUGAAGCUGAAUCAGGCAUUCAACAAAUAGCUUUUUAGGUAUUAUUAUUUAGUACAUUUGCUUUGUUAUUUUUUUUUAUCAAAAAUGGUGUAAUCGAUGUUAUGAUAAAAGAAUUGUAUGCCAUACAAUGGUCAUUUCUUCCUAAUAAGAUGUGUAGCGGUAAAAACGAUAAUGGUUGCUUGCAGAUUCAGAGAGAACGAAUAAAUUUUCACCACCUUUACUUGUGAUAGGAGCCAUCAAUUUAGGGUUCCACACUUAGGCUAGUUUGCCCCUUCGGGAUUGAAGGGAAUCGAGGGAGAAAUUAGUUUAUUUCUACCUAAAUCUCCUCCAAUCCAGGAGGACAUUUGAGUUUCAAAACUAGCUCUCAUUGAUUGCAGAUAAUUAAAUCCAAGAAGUAGAUAGUCGUUCUAUUUGACAUGUGGAAACAGGUAAAAACUAGUGAACUUUACAGUCUCGAGAAUAUAUUAAUACAAUCCACCGAUGGUGUACAACAUAUUCAAUGAAACAUUUUAUAUGUACAAACCUAAACGGCUAGCGUAAUUGUACAACGACACACAUUAAAGAAGUUUGCCAAAAUAACGAACAAUGAAACUAAACAUUUAACGGCCCUGUAGAAUUGUGAUGCUCAUGUUAUUCAGCGAUCUUCGCGCGUGUACUGACUUGACUGAUCAGUUUCAUAAUUCCUAGUAGUAAAAUAUACGGGUUCUUUGGGGUAGGAAGUGGGGUUGUUUCAAUUGCUAGCAUGAACACAACAGAUGGCAUGAGUGGCCUUGCAUAUGGACCGUCUUGCAUGCUGGCAGGCUUCUCGCGCCCCUCGGCGGGGGAGAUCCUCUGGAACGGACACGACAUCACCUCCCCCGGCGUCUUCCAGCAGUACAAGCUGCAGCUCAACUGGAUGUCGCUCAAGGACGCCAUGAAAGAGAAGCUCACAGUGCUCGAGAACGUCCAGUGGUUCGAGCUCCUCGAGGGGAAGGACAGCAGCAGGUCGGGCCCGGCCAUCCAGCUCAUGGGGCUCGGCAGGCUCAUGAACGAGAAGGCCAGGAGGAUGUUGUCCAUGGGGCAGAGGAAGCGGCUGCAGCUCGCCAGGCUGCUCGCCAUCGACCGACCCAUCUGGCUGCUGGACGAGCCCUCCGUCGCGCUGGACGCAGCGGGUACCAGGCUGCUUGAACACAUCAUCGCGGAGCACCGGGAGAAGGGUGGCAUCGUGUUCGUGGCCAUGCAUCUACCGAUUCAGGUUGAGGAUUCUAUGUCGCUUCGGCUUCCCCAGAGGUUUCCCCGGAGGAAGACGCUGGUUGAUCUUGUCCAUUGAUGGCUUGAUGCCAAUGUGACCAGGAAUUUAGCUGUAUCUCUCUAAUUCCUCUCCAGCUAUCUGUCUGAAUGCUGACAGAGCAAUAUUUUUUUUGCUGGUGCUGCAUUUGUCAUCCUUUUUUGACAACAUGACAAUACAUUAUCUAUGUUGAUAAUAUGUGCAGUUGUUCUUUCUGAUCACUGUUUUGAUGCAUUGGCCCAUGUAUUUGGGAACAAUAGAAGGCAUUUGCCAUGUCUGAUAUAUGUACAACUGUUCUUUGCGAUCAUGGUGUUGAUGCAUUGACCCCCUUAUAUAUAUGGUACUUGCUGGUGGAAACUCUGUUGGUUGUUCAAUGUUUAGCAGGUUUAUUCACGCCUUGCAUGUCUGCGUGAAGCUUUAAGUGUUGGAUACUCGGUAAACUUGACCAAAUAUGGGGAGACCUUUGGACAGGAUCAGGUAUAGAUGUCUGAUUUGAGUGUCUCUUUUCUCAUAUUCUUGUGAAUUGACUAAGGUUGAUUUCUUCCCUAACAAAUUUUGUUUUAGUCUGAAUAUGUUAUUGUUGUCAUCUAAAUAUAUUCAGAAAUGGCUGACUUUGCAUUUCUAGCAUGUGCAGUGUUUAAUUCACAAACAAUGUUUUUUACUACAUACAAUAACUACUAACAAAUUAGUUUAGGCCAUGUCGACAAAAUUUGGUGCCCAGUUGGUGUAAAGCCCAAAAUUGGUAGAAGGAUAAUAAUAAUAACAAAAUAAAUAAACAAAUAUAUUUAUUAUAGCGGUUUGGAAAUUCUUGAAACCUUGGAUUAAAUAAUAAUAAUAAUAAUAGAAUUUUAAAUUGAAAGAAAAAGAAAAAGAAAAAGAAUGCGCUACAAAAAUAAUAAUAAUAAUUAUAUAUAUCUUCUUAUACUGGUAUUUUAAUUGUGCACUUGCCUAUGUGUCAAACUCACUAACAACUUCAAGAUUUAAAUGGUAAAUUUUGAAAUGAGGAAAGAAAUGCAAACCUAAAAGAAAAAGGA